AAAUACUAAAGAUUAAAAAAUUCUAAAACUUGGGAGUCAAGUGUCGUCUAACCAUCGACUGUCACGUGGACGUAUAAAAACUAAUCUUCCAUUACAAUCCCUAAUCACCAAAACCCUUUCGGAGCAGAUCGCUCGAAAAGCUAAACAGUAUCCGGUCGUCAUCAUCUCCAGCAGUCGCCAUGGUCAAGUCUAAGAAAGAGUCGCUUACCAAAGUCGAAGCAGCAUCACUUGUCUCAACGACGAAGCCAUCGAAGAAAAGUAAGAGAGAUGCGGAAGUUGAUCUAGACAUCAAAAAGAAGCCUAAGAAGCAGAAGAAAGAGGUGAUUCAAGCUGAGAAAAAGGCACCACCACCAAAGAAGGUAGAGACCAGCAGUAGUAGUUCUGAUUCUGAAGAAGAAGUCAAGAUUAAGAAAGUCACUGCCAAGAAACCUCUAUCUAAGAAGGAUGACUCAUCUUCUGAAGAUUCAUCUUCGGAUGAGGAGGCUGUCACUGUGAAGAAGAAGCCAGCAAUCCUUAAGAAAGCCAAGGCAGAGAGCAGCUCAUCUGAAGAUAAUUCUUCUUCUUCAGACGAGGAAGCCGCCCCUCCGAAGAAGCAACCAGCAGUUGUUACGAAAGCCAAGGCAGAGAGCAGCUCAUCUGAGGAUGAUUCUUCUUCAGACGAGGAGGUCGUCCCUGCUAAGAAGCAGCCAGCAGUUGUUAAGAAAGCCAAGGUAGAGAGCAUCUCAUCUGAGGAAGAAUCUUCUUCAGACGAGGAACCUGCCCCUGCAAAGAAGGAACCAGCAGUUGUCAAGAAAGACAGCUCAUCCGAGGAAGAAUCUUCUUCAGACGAGGAAUCCGUCCCUGCGAAGAAGCAACCAACAGUUGUCAAGAGUGUCAAGCCAGCUGCAAAAGAUUCAUCAUCCUCAGAGGAUGAAUCUGAUGAAGACUCUGAUGAAGAAUCAGAAGAUGAAAAGAAAAAAGAACCUGCUACAAAGAAGCUUCCAGCUGCUGCUAAAACCAAGUCAGAGUCAUCAGAGGAAGAUUCCGAUGAUGAGGAAAGUGAUGAUGAGAAACCUCCUACAAAGAAGGCUAAAGUUUCUCCAACAAAAACUUCUAAACAAGAAAGCAGCAGUGGCGAAUCUAGUGAGGAGGAGAGUGAAGAUGAGAAAGUAACUCCAAAGAAAAAGGAUACUGAUGUUGAAAUGGCAGAGGCAGAGCAGAAAUCAGAGGCAAAACAAGUGAAGACGCAAACUACUCAGAGACCAACUACUCAGGCUCGAGGAGGAUCAACUACACUAUUUGCUGGAAAUCUUCCCUUUCAAAUUGAGAAAUCUGACAUAGAGGAUUUCUUCAAAGAAGUUGGUGGAAUCGUCGAUGUCAGAUUUGCUUCAGAUUCAGAUGGCCGUCUUAAAGGUUACGGGCAUUUUGAGUUUGCUUCUGUAGAAGCAGCUCAGAAGGCAUUGAACCUGAAUGGUAAACAAUUACUAGGCCGCACUAUUAGACUAUCUGAUGCUAACGCCAAGCCUGCUCCACGAAGCAGCAAUGCUGAUGGCAACUUCCAGAGCAACCGCAAAGGAGAAGGAAGCCAAGUUAAAACGAUUUUUGUUUCAAGAUUCGAUAAGUCUGUGGCUGAAUCUGAUAUGAGAUGUGCGUUGAGAGGGCAUUUUAGUGACUGUGGAGAGAUCACAAGGAUUUCUCUACCUUGUGAUCAAGAGACUGGUGCUACCAGGGGGAUGGCUUAUCUUGAUUUGAAAGAGGAGGAUGGAUUCAACAAGGCAUUAGGACUAAACGGAAGUGAACUGGGAGGAUGGAAGAUAUUGGUGCUCGAGGGUAAACCAAGAGGAUGGAAUUCUGAUGGAAAUAAUAGUGGUGAUCGUUUCACAGCUACUAGGCCCGGUCGUGGCCGCCCUGGAAGAGUUCCUCCUGGUCGUGGCCGCCCUGGAAGACCCAGCAAACCAAGUAUACUUGCCUCAGCGGAAGGGAAGAAGAUCGUCUUUGAUGAUUAGUGAAAAAGCUUGGCUCUUCUUUUAUUCUAAUUAUCGUUCAGCCUGCCUAGUUUAUGAGAAAAACUCUAAAGCUUAUUUUGUUCAAAAAAAAAAAAAACUCUAAAGCUUAUAUGAUAAGUUUGUUACUCUUGGGAUUUAGUUUUGUUUUUGUUUACUGAUAAAGUUCUGCGGGUGUGACAUUUUUACUAGUGGAAACUUUGAAUGAAUUCCUUGAAACUCA